UCAUUGCUGGCCGGACGUGUUUGUGCCGAACGCCGCUGUCAGUCAAACGGGCACACAAGUGGGUGCUAGCUAGCUAGCGUAACGGAGCUAGCCUUAGCAAACAUUUGGAAGUUCCGCGGAGAAGAUGAGCACCAAACAGGUCACCUGCCGGUACUUCCUGCAUGGCGUGUGCCGGGAGGGCAGCCGCUGCAUGUUCUCUCACGACCCGUCCAGCAGCAAGCCUUCCACCAUCUGCAAGUUCUACCAGAGAGGAGUGUGCGCCUACGGAGAACGAUGCAGGUACGACCACAUCAAACUGUCCUACAGAGGAGGUGGCGGAGCUUCAGAGAAUAAGGUGGCUCCGGGAGGCGGAGCUUCAGUCAGACCUGAUGCCAGAAAGUCAAUGAGAGACACCCAAGUGGGGCAGCUUGAGAGCGUGUUUGGAGGUGCGGCAGUCAGCCUGGGUUCUGAGGUUCCCGCCGUGUCUCCUCACUCGUAUGUGGACGCCAUCAGGACGGGCCUGGAAGCCUCGGCGCCAGAACAAGCUGCUCCCCAGAUGGGCGGAGCCUAUCAGGACUUUUCCCAACUUUGCCCGUACGCCGCCGCCGGACGCUGCUUCUACGAGGAUCGCUGCCCAUAUCUCCAUGGCGACCAGUGUGAGGUGUGCCGGCUGCGUGUGCUGCACCCACAUGACGCCGAGCAGCGGCGGGCCCACGAAAAGAUGUGCUUGCUGGCCUUCGAGAGGGACAUGGAGAAAGCCUUUGCUGCGCAGCUGAGCCAAGACAAGGUGUGUUCCAUCUGCAUGGAGGUGGUGGUGCAGAAGGCCAUCCCCUCGGAGCGCCGCUUUGGGAUCUUGUCCUCAUGCCGUCACAUCUUCUGCCUGGGCUGCAUCCGACAGUGGAGAUGCAAGCGCAACUUCAGCAACAAGAUCAUCAAGUCAUGUCCGGAGUGCCGCGUGGUGUCCGAGUUUGUCAUCCCGUCAGUGUACUGGGUGGAGGAACAAGAGGAGAAGGACAACCUCAUUGAACUCUUCAAGUCUGGAGUGAGCAAGAAGGCGUGCAAGUACUUCGACCAGGGCCGUGGCUCGUGUCCCUUUGGAGGAAAGUGCUUGUACCUCCACGCCUUCCCGGACGGAAGCCGAGCGGAGCCGGAGAAGCCGCGCAAGCAGCUAAGCUCGGAGGGGAACAUCCGGUUUAUGAACAGCGUGCGCUUGUGGGACUUCAUCGAAGAGCGCGAGCAGAACCCCGGUGGGCGACCGCUGCCGUCACUGGAUGACGACAUGGCGGAGCUGAGGGAGCUCUUCAUGCAGAUGUCGGCACCCGGCCAGGAUGGGCCCGAGUCCGCCCCGGACCACCACCACCACCAGCAGCAGCCACAGCAGGAGCAGCAUUAGAAGACAAAACCGAGGAAAGACGACAGCGUUGUCAGCUAAACACACACACACAUACACACACACAGACACACACACGUGACUCCGGCAUGCAAGUGGUCAUCACUUCCUGCCUGCGGGCUGCCACGUGAAUACUUGAUCUAUUUAUAGACGCUAGAAAAGUUUGAGCAGCCUCCAAAUGAUCUGUGCUCUCUUUUAUUCUUGGUGUUUGUCCCCAGCCUAAUAAAAGAGUUCGUGUACCAACACAGCCCACAA